AUGGGCGGCGGCCAAGAGCCGAAAUUUGGACCACUUGUUGAUAUAAUAUUGCGCUGCAGUGCAAAAAUAUUCAGGGGCGCCACACAUUCCUGUUGCGAACAUCGAGCGAUCACCCUUCUGGGUAAUCUCGAGAAGGUCGUCACUAGGAACGGCUCGAUGCUCCGACAUUUGCUCACCGAUACUCCAGACAUGAAUGUGCCAAAUAACAGCGGAAUGGUUCUUUCCUCUCCUAGUAUGGAUCCUUUCCAAUGGCAGCAAUAUCCACAGCCCGGAGUCUCCUCUUCCGUAUCCGGAACAUCAACGUCCGAACUUUUUAGUUCAACAUAUGCGAUGUUGAGCGACACUGCCUCUGCGCCAUACCCUGACCAAUGGCACGAAAACAAAUCAGAUUGUGAGUCCACGUUUUACUUUGAUGCCGUGCCUGGACCUUAUGCUCAACAAUCAAAUAACAUGUACUACCCGAUGCAUGAUCAAAGGUUUCAAACCUCGUUCAACGAUUCCUACCUUCGCGUAGCUCAGCAACAUUAUGAACCUCAUGUGCAAUUGCCUGUUUCGGAAUCCAUUCAGAUCACUGCCAAUUAUCCCAUGCAUUUCGCUCAGCACCAGCACAAUCUAAAAGUUGAAUAUCCUCAAUCAAACGCGCUGUCAACAGCAACGUCCAUGACACAGCAAGCUCCACAGACUGCCCUGCCAACUGCUCCGCUGCCACGCCCUUCUACCGUAUCACCAUGUGAGCAAACAGCUUUGAGCAGCCCAACACUUACUUCUAACAGUGGAUCCACGUCGGAGACGCCUCCCAUGGCUGGCGAAGUGAUAUCCACUGACCUCGAGGGCCCGGACAAUGAGCGAGUCAUGUGUAUGGCCUGUAGAGGUGUAUAUCCGUCGCGAAGAAGUUUGACUGGACACAUCGGAAGGAAUGAAAAAUGCAGAGAGAUAAUAGGUAGGAAUUACCUGGACCAGGUCGCCAUGGGUGCGAAUCCGAUUGCUCCGGGAACCGAAAAUGCAAUCAAAGCUGGAGCGCUUACCAACGGGCAGGAUGGUCUCAGUCCAAUAUGUCCUCAUUGUGAUCGAUUCAUCAGUCAUUACAAGGGUAACAUUCGGCGGCACAUCAAUCAAUGCGGUAAGAAUGACAGUCCACAAAAGAGACCUCGUCCUGACAAGGAUAGAAGAAGGGAUGGAAAGAAACGUCGACAUGACGAAACCAUGCUUCCGCACGUUCUUCACGAAGGAUUCGAUCCUGCCUCCUUAGGCCAGAAUGGUACAAUGAUGGGGUCACCGGUGAUGUCGCCUUCUUUAGGCUCGUACCAAACUCAUGAGCAAGAAUUUAUAGACAAUACCAUGUACAUGACUGGACCUUCAUUAGAUCAGCAUAUUCAACUGCCUAGCGACCCAUCACCUCCUGGUGCUCCCCGCAAAGAGGCUGAUCCUCCUGAGGAUGCCUAUAUCUGUGAUAGCUGCGAGUUCGUCACCAUUUACAAAGGAAAUAUGAAGAGACAUCUCAAUACAUGUCACCCAGCUCCUGAUUGUAAAGAUCUCAAAGAAUGGGAUCGUAAGCUAGAAAGCAUGCGCGCAUCAGUAUUGGGCAUGAGUCGCGUGGAAAUGAUUGAGAGACUGAAUGCCCAUAAGAUGAAUUCCACGAGAGGUCGGAAGCCACGAGGGAAGAAAAGCGAUGAGAAUGCGCAGGCAAUGCUGCAAUCUGAUUUUGCGCAGAUGCACUACAAUUACGAAAUGAUGGCAAACUUCCCACAGUUGUGAAUUCCUUUUCUACUCGCUGCUCAAACAACUUUGCAAAUACUGCCGUUGAUUGUCUUCUCUUUUUUGCUUAAUCAUAUCUGUCGCUCCAUAUCUUGGCGUUUCCCAUGUCAAUUUGAAAAUCAGGGAUUUUGCUCCGCCUUUUCUUUGCUCAGCCAGUAUUUCUAUAUCCUCGUUGCGUUUUUGAUCAACUUUGAUGGUAUCUAGGAACUUUGUAGUUUUUUCGUAUGCCGCUUGUAAAUGGUUGGAGUCAUACAUGAAGAUGUAGAGACAAUCCGUAGGUGAUCCUUAGCGUUUUGAGUUCAUCCUUUAUUCACCCUUAGUGUGAGGAUAGCUUUGAGACUUUGUUUUAUGUGCCUCACUCGUUUGUGACAUUAAUCUACUGACAUUUCAUCCAUUUCGUUUCAUACCUGCCGAUUCCUUCAAAGUUCUUCUCUUGCAUUUGUCCUGCCUCAUAUCAUAUCGACUAGGUAAAGAAGGUACAGAGGUAAAAUAUUUAUAAUCAAGUCUUACUGGCCAUUUAUCCAGUAGUUUGGAGUUUGCCAACCUACAACAGUCCCAUAAGUUAAUGUAGAAUCCUCACUGGCUAUCUCGAUUCGACAUUUCUAUAGCUCAGAAUGUGUUUUUCUUAUUGGUGCCUAAAACGGAAGCCAUAAUCGUAUGUUGUGAUCUGUACAGAGAUGAUAUCUAGCAUAAAGUUUCUAUCAGCUGGUGUUGACGCAU